AAUGGCUUUCUCAUCCCCCUCGUCUACUUCAUUUCUCUCCCACCUCCAUUCUUCGCUGCUUGUGUCUCCCGCUUUCAAGUUACAUCGCCCCUUCCUCCUCUCCACCCGCUUCCGCUUCCACUUCCACCGUCAAGCUCGCAUUCGCAUCACUGCUUCCGCCGCUGCCGUUAUCGAGUCUUCUAACGGCGCCGUCGCCUCUAACCAAGACAAUUCCGAUGCCAACUCCAACUACGGAAGACACUUCUUUCCUCUGGCUGCCGUCGUUGGCCAAGAUGCUAUUAAAACUGCUCUGUUGCUUGGCGCUAUUGACCGUGAAAUUGGAGGAAUUGCUAUCUCCGGAAGAAGGGGAACAGCAAAGACAGUAAUGGCUCGUGGUUUGCAUGCAAUUUUACCACCCAUUGAAGUAGUUGUUGGUUCGAUAGCAAAUGCUGAUCCUGCCUGUCCCGAAGAGUGGGAAGAUGUUUUAUCUGAACGGAUGGAGUUUGAUUCUUCUGGUAUCGUCAAGACUCAGAUUGUAAAGUCUCCUUUUGUUCAGAUUCCACUUGGAGUCACAGAGGACAGACUCAUUGGAUCUGUUGAUGUUGAGGAGUCCGUAAGGACAGGAACUACAGUUUUCCAACCUGGCCUUCUUGCUGAAGCUCAUAGAGGUGUACUAUAUGUUGAUGAAAUUAAUCUUUUGGAUGAGGGUAUCAGUAAUUUGCUUCUCAACGUAUUAACUGAAGGAGUUAAUAUUGUUGAAAGAGAGGGGAUGAGCUUUAGACACCCAUGCAAGCCACUCUUGAUUGCCACUUAUAAUCCAGAAGAGGGCGCUGUGCGAGAACACCUACUAGACCGUAUCGCAAUCAACUUAAGUGCAGAUCUUCCAAUGAGUUUCGAUGACCGUGUUGCAGCUGUGGGGAUUGCAACAAAAUUUCAGGAAUAUAGUAAUGAAGUUUUCCAAAUGGUUCAAGAGGAAACAGAAUUUGCAAAAACUCAGAUCAUUUUGGCAAGAGAGUAUCUAAAGGACGUCAUUAUAAGCAGAGAACAACUCAAGUACCUGGUUUUGGAAUCCUUGCGAGGUGGUUGCCAGGGACAUCGAGCUGAGCUAUAUGCUUCCCGUGUUGCAAAAUGCUUAGCUGCUCUAGACGGACGAGAAAAAGUUUAUGCUGAUGACCUGAAAAAAGCUGUAGAACUGGUCAUACUUCCUCGUUCAAUUCCAAAUGAGAACCCACCAGAACAGAAAAAUCAACCCCCUCCACCUCCACCACCUCCUCAAAAUCAAGAAUCUGGGCAAGAGCAGAAUGAGGAGGAACAAGAAAAAGAGGAUGAAAAUGAUGAAGAGAAGGAAGAGAAUGAAGAUAAUGAACAAGAGCAGGAUCAACUACCUGAAGAGUUUGUCUUUGAUGCAGAAGGGGGUUUGGUGGAUGAGAAGCUUCUCUUUUUUGCACAACAAGCGCAAAGACGCAAAGGGAAGGCUGGGAGAGCUAAGAAUGUUAUUUUUUCAGAGGAUAGAGGUCGAUACAUCAAACCGAUGCUACCGAAGGGCCCUGUAAAGAGAUUAGCUGUUGAUGCAACUCUUAGAGUUGCUGCACCAUAUCAAAAAUUGCGUAGGGAGAAGAAUACUCAAGUUGGUAGGAAAGUUUUUGUUGAGAAAACUGACAUGAGAGCAAAGAGAAUGGCACGGAAAGCAGGAGCACUGGUUAUAUUUGUUGUUGAUGCAAGUGGAAGCAUGGCACUGAACCGAAUGCAGAAUGCAAAAGGUGCAGCUUUGAAGUUACUAGCUGAAAGUUAUACGAGCAGAGAUCAGGUUUCUAUUAUUCCUUUUCGUGGAGAUUCUGCUGAAGUUCUUCUGCCUCCUUCUAGAUCAAUUGCAAUGGCAAGAAAUCGUCUUGAGAGACUUCCCUGUGGUGGAGGUUCUCCCCUUGCUCAUGGUCUGACCACGGCCGUAAGGGUUGGGCUAAAUGCAGAGAAGAGUGGUGAUGUUGGACGUAUAAUGAUUGUUGCAAUAACUGAUGGUAGAGCCAAUAUAUCACUCAAAAGGUCCAAUGACCCUGAAGCUGCAGCUGCUGCUACUGAUGCCCCAAAACCUACGUCGAAGGAGUUGAAGGAUGAGAUUCUAGAGGUUGCUGGUAAGAUAUACAAAGCAGGGAUGUCUCUUCUUGUCAUUGACACUGAAAAUAAGUUUGUUUCGACCGGUUUUGCCAAGGAGAUAGCGAGAGUUGCUCAAGGAAAAUACUAUUACUUGCCAAAUGCCUCAGACGCUGUAAUCUCAGCUGCAACAAAGGACGCUUUGUCGGCAUUGAAAAACACAUGAAACACUUAAUACUGUGGUUUCCUGUUGUACUGUUGUAUUUAGCAACUAUCAAAGCAGCUUAUUUCCCUGUCAGCAUCAUUUCUUAAUUUUAGUGUUAUCUCUGUACAUGUACAUUUUGAGGAAUUUUUUUGUUAAAUUCACCAGAAAAAGAAGCCUUAUUCAUAAAGCACAAUUUUCUUUCCCUUUUCAAAAUGAAUGGAUGAGUGCUUUAAUCAGUU